UAAAGAUGCUCGCGGAGAAAACUCGAGUUGGAUUAAUCCGAUUGGCCGAUACCUCUUUUUGUGACGUGUCAAAAUCUGAGAGCCUUCGAUGCCGCAGACGGCAUCACAACAUAACUCGCCUUGCCACUCGACUCCAGGCUCCGUUUUUUGCCGCUUUAUUGUUGACAACUUUCUACGGCUGGGUGAAAGCCAGGCAUCGUUACAGAUUGGCGAAAACAACCGUUUGAUCAAAAAUGAUGACCGACAUAGGCGAACAGGCUGCCGUCGAAGUGCAGCCGAAGAUCGAGCAAUGCGAGAGUCCUAAUGGAAUUCGCGUUGAUUUUACCCAAGCGACUGUGAAUCUGGCACAAGGACUGCUCGAGGUGUAUCGACCACCGCUGGAGCAAGUCAAGAAGGAAUUGAUUGAAUUGACUAAUAAGCAAGAGACCCUCAUCGGUCACAUGCAUGGAGAGAAUGCAAAGUUGUGCCAGGUACAGGAGAACUUGGAUAUAAAUGAAAUGUUUACGACGAUCAAAAUAUAUCAGGCAAAACUGGCAAAUAUUAAAAAAGACAUGACCUCUGUCCAUGAACGUACAAAUAAGCUAAAGAAACGAGCGACACGUUUUCAACAAAUUAAGGAAAAGGAGGUGCUGCUCAAGGAACAGCGAGAACAAGAGAUUAGUAGGGAGCACGAACUAAUAGGGAAAUCAUCAGGGUCAUAAUUUAUUGAAGAGAUAUUUGUGAACUUGAUAAAUCAUUUGUUUGUGCCUUUUGCAUCAUGUUUACAUCAUUAUUACCUUUAUUGUUAUCAUCAUUCAUAGAGAUAAAUUUAAAUAUUUAGGAUGGAUGUUCAAACUUGUAUACAUGCAUGGACAUUUGACUACUUGUGUAACUUUGUAAGUCUCUGCCCUGGACAGAAAUGUGAUAAAUACUGUAAAUAAGAUUAAAGUGAUAGGAUUUAUAAAAAUGUAUUGUACUUUACACCCCCCUUACCAAUUGAGCAGAUGGAAGCUGUGCAAAAUGUAUCUAGAAUUCCAUCAGUAGAGGAGCUUCCAUAAAUGACGUGACGCUAAAUUCUAUAGUAUAGUAUAGGCAUGGAAGAAAGACGAAUAGCUCCCUUGCAAAGUUAAAUAAACGGUUUUCAAAAAGAUUUGAUGGGGAAGGGAAGAAAGAUCCACGAAACAAUUACCUAUUUAAAAAAACAAAUUUAUGGUAUAAUAUCCAGCGACCACAAGAUAAAUUGAAUAAUCAUAAUAUACAUACAAAUAUCAAUAUGUAACAAGACACUAACUAAUAUUGUAUUAUCGAUAGAAUGCAAAAGUGUUAAUUAUCAUGCCUUUGUGUCUAGCGGCAAUAUUAUUAUGCUUACACUUACACAGUAGUAAAUUGAUAUCGAUUAUUUAUAGUGAUACGUGAUUCCGUAUACUUAUAGUUCUAAAAUUUCAGGUAAUCGUUCUCAAGCAUAAUUGAACCGAAUGUUUAAAAUAAGAAAAAUUUUGAAUAAGCCUAGAUUGCCUGUACAUCUAACUUUGUUAUCUUCAUUUUUUAC